AUGCCGUCCAAGCUGUCACAGCGCUGCAGAGAUCUUGUUUAUGGCCACUUAAGAGGAGAACCAGGCAACCAGCCAGCCCUGGUCCAAGGCAUCCUGGAGUGUAUGGUGGACAGCCCUGUGCCCCACCAGACAGUGCACCUGGAGGACCUGGAUGAGAGUGGUGAGCCCUGGGCCAGGGAGUCAGUGCUACCUGGCAUCCUCUGGCCCCCCUACCUAGCUGAGGGGCUGAGCCUGAGCCUGCCGAUCUCUCUUGGGCUCACCCUGCACCUGUGGGACAUGUAUUUGCUGGAAGGGGAACAGGUGUUGAUGGCAAUAACAAGCAUUGCCUUUAAGGUUCAGAGGAAGGGAGGUCUGUCCGGGAGGGCUGGAGCAGUGCACAAUGACACCAAGCCCAUUCCCUACAUGAUGCAGAUGAAAGUCGGGAGUGUGGCACUGGAAGAGACAGAUGAGCACAGGAGCCCUGGUCUGAGAGAGGUGUGGGAGGAAGGCCAGAGCAUCUACUGGGAGCUGAGGGCUGAUGUCCACCUGGGUACCGUCCAGGUUCUCUGCAUGGACAAGUACAGGCUGAGGAGCUGCCUGGACGAGGCAUAGCUGUUGUUGGUGGUGACCAGCACAUCUGGGAAUGGAGACUGCGCCAGCAAUGGAGAGAAACUGAAGAAAUCCCUCUUCAUGCUGAAAGAGCUCACCAACAAAUUCAGGUAUGCCGUGUUUGUCCUCAGCUCCAGCAGGUACCCUCAGUUCUGCGCCUUUGCUUAUGACUUCAACCAGAAGCUAUCCCACCUGGGGGCCUCUCAGCUCACCCUGACGUGGGAAGAGGAUGAGCUCAGUGGGCAGGAGGACGCCUUCCUCAGCAGGGCCGUGCAAAACUUCAAGGCAGCCUGUGAGACAUUUGAUGUCCGAGGCAAACAGCACAUUCAGAUCCCCAAGCUCUACACCUCCAGUGUGACCUGGGACCCACACCACUACAGGCUCGUGCAGGACUCACAGCCUUUGGACCUCAGCAAAGCCCUCAGCAACGUGCACGCCAAGAACGUGUUCACCAUGAGGCUCAAAUCUCGGCAGAACCUACAGAGUCCGACAUCCAGCCACACCACCAUCCUGGUGGAAGUCUCUUGUGAGGAGGGCCAAGGUCUGAACUACCUGCCAGGGAAGCACCUUGGGGUUUGUCCAGGCAACCAGCCGGCCCUGGUCCAAGGCAUCCUGGAGCAAGUGGUGGACAGCCCCGCACCCCACCAGACAGUGCGCCUGGAGGCCCUGGACGAGAGCAACAGCUACCGGUUCAGUGACAAGAGGCUGCCCCGCUGCUCACUCAGCCAAGUCCUCACCUACUUCCUGGAUAUCAACCCCCCAGCCCAGCUGCUGCUCCAAAAGUUGGCCCAGGUGGCCAUAGAAGAGCCUGAGAGACACAGGCUGGAGGCCGUGUGCCAGGUGAAGAUCAGGGCUGAGUACACCAAGUGGAAGUUCACCAAUAGCCCCACGUUCCUGGAGGUGCUGGAGGAGUUCCCAUCCCUGUGGGUGUCUACUGGCUUCCUGCUCUCCCGGCUCCCCAUUCUGAAGCCCAGGUUCUACUCCAUGAGCUCCUCCCUGGAUCACACGCCCACAAAGAUCCACCUGACUGUGGCUGUGGUGAUGUCCCACACCCGGGAUGGCCAGGGUCCCCUGCACCACGGCGUCUGCAGCACAUGGCUCAACAGCCUGAAGCCCCGAGACCCAAUGCCCUGCUUUAUACGAAAGGCUGGCCCCCUCUUCUCCUGUCCUCUUCAGCUCCCCGAGGACCCCUCCCAUCCUUGCAUCCUCGUCGGGCCUGGCACAGACAUCGCCCCCUUCCGCAGUUUCUGGCAGCAGCGGCUCCAUGACUCCCAGCACAAGGGUAAGGCUGGAGGCCGCAGGACCCUGGUCUUCUGGUGCUGCCGCCCAGGUGAGGACCGCACCUACCGCGAGGAGAUGCUGGAGAUGACCCGGAAGCGGGUGCUGCAUGCGGUGCACAUCUAUUCCCGCCUGCCUGGCAAGCCCAAGGUCUAUGUUCAGGACAUCCUGCGGCAGCAGCUGGCCAGCGAGGUGCUCCGUGUGCUCCAUGAGGAGCCGGGCCACCUCUAUGUUUGUGGGGAUGUGCGCAUGGCCUGGGAUGUCGCCCACACCCUGAAGCAGCUGGUGGCUGCCAAGCUGAACUUGAGUGAGGAGCAGGUCGAGGACUAUUUCUUUCAGCUCAAGAGCCGGAAGUGCUUUCAUGAAGAUACCUUUGGUGCUGUAUUUACCUACAAGCGGACAAGGCGGCAGCGCAGCCCUGGAGCCUGCAGAUGUGGGCCUCUGACGGCCCACAGGAGGGGUUAAAACUGCCGGCACAGAACUUAACCAAGGAGCCAGCUCUGCAUUAUCUGAGGUCACAGGGCCUGGGGAGAUGGAGGAAAGUGUUAUCCCCUAGCCUCACAUCUUAUUUUUUCACUUCGUUCCCCAUCAAGCCCUUUACUUGACCUCCUACCAAGUAGCACCCUGGAUUGAUCGGAGCCUCCUGUCUCAAGCUGGGGCCUCCCUGGUCCCUUGGAGACGAAAUCUUCAGUGCUAGACCUGGCAAGUGGGUGAAAGAUGGAACCCGCUGCUGAGUGCACCACUUCAAGUGACCACCAGGUGGUGCUGUUGCGGCACUGUGUGUUUAACUGCCUUGUGUACAGUUACUUAUGCCUCUGUUUAAAAAACUAACACCCUAGUCUGUUCCCAACGGCUACUUGGGCCUUCCCUGUAUGGUUCCUUGAUGGAGAUAUUUAUAUGAUGGAAUUUUACUUUAA